AUGAAGUUCACCACCGCCGCCAUCGCCACCAGCGUCGCUGCUCUCGCGGCCGCCAGCCCCCUCCAGACCCGUGCCGACGACACCCCCCUCUUCUGGACCUCGCGCCUCUUCGCCAUCGCCCCCGGCACCGACUUUGACGGCAAAUUCCUCCAAGCCGCGAACAGCAGUCUGCUCAUCGGGCUGAAAGACCAAGGCGCCUCCUGCGGCCCCGACCCACGCGACUACGCAACCUUUGUCUUCGGCAACGGCACUCUCUCGCUCUACACAGCCAACCCGCCUCAGCAAUUCUACACGGCAGCCGACGGCAUGGGCCAGGGCAACAUGCGCUACACGACUGGCGCAGAGCCCCUGCCCCGCAACGCCCUCCGCGACGGCUUCUUCGUCGAUAACCACGGCACCCUCAAGCUCCAGUUCACCCCCACCGCCCCUAUCUACGGCCUCCAGGCUUGCCCCAUUUACAAUGCCCCCGGCCAGUACAAGGUCUGGAUGGAUGCCUUUGAGCAUCCUGCUGGUCAGAACUGUACUAAGUUUGAGGCCCGUGUUGAUAAUGAUUGGACUCCUGAGAAGUGUCACUACUCCGAGUAA